UACCUCCUGUUUUGUGCCUACAGUUGGCUCUCUCGUGUCAACCAGAUCGGUAGCGCUAGAUCGUUUCGUCUUUCGUAAGAUCACAUCGAGUUAAACGAGUGUGUUUUCUAGACGUAGACUUAAAAUAUACUUAAAAUACAAAUCAGCGUAUAACGCAGUAGGUAAAACAAAGAAGGUUUAAAAAAUGCCUCAUUCUGAAAGUGAGGAAAACAAAUUACGCUACCGGCGAACUCAGAGUGUCACCCGAGCUGAAGAAAUCACCACAAAAGAAGAAAAACAAAGGAGAAUUCAACCUGAUAAACCAUGCCACAGACCAAGAGACUCACUGUUUUCAUGGAGUUCAGGAUUUGAUAACUUCACGGGAUUUGUUAAUUGGGGUUUUCUUCUAUUGACAAUUGGUGGAUUUCGGUUGUGUUUGGAAAAUUUACUUAAAUAUGGAAUUAGAAUAAAUCCAUUAGAAUGGUAUAUUGUACUCAGUGGGAAGAAUGAAGGAGAAGGACAUCCUUCAUUGAUGCUUGUUAUAUACUCAAUUGUGCCUAUGAGUAUGUGUCUAUUGGUUGAAAAGGGACUAGCUGCGGAUAUUAUCCCAGAAAACGCUGGAAUGUUCUCUCAGAUUGUAAACAUUUUAGUUCUUAUCUUAUUGCCGAUGGUUAUUUUGCAUGUUAAAGGACAUGCUUUUAGCAUAAUUGGAGCUACAACAGUUUGUUUUCUAUAUUCAAUAUUAUUUUUAAAAACUUGGAGUUAUGUUCAAGUUAAUAUGUGGUGUAGAAAAAGUUUCCGAGAACAACAGCGACCACGGAAGAGAAGACCAAGUAUAUCCAUUGCUGAACUUCAAAAUCAUAAUGGUCAUUCCGAUGAUUCCAAAGAGACUGAUAAAGAUGUUCCUGAAUUGGUUCAGUAUCCAAACAAUUUGAACUACAAAGACCUGUUUUACUUCCUAGGAGCUCCAACAUUGUGCUAUGAACUGAAUUUCCCAAGGACAACAAGAAUCCGGAAACGCUUCCUUUUGAAACGUCUUUUGGAAGUCAUCUUCGGUGUUAACGUCCUUAUGGCCUUAUUUCAGCAAUGGAUCAUUCCGUCUGUUCGUAAUUCACUCAUACCAUUUUCAAAUAUGGAUGUAGUUUUAGCAACUGAAAGAUUACUCAAACUUGCUGUUCCUAAUCAUUUGGUUUGGUUAUGCUUCUUCUAUUUAACUUUCCAUUCUUUUCUCAAUCUAUGUGGGGAGCUGUUACAUUUUGCUGAUAGAAAUUUUUACUGCGAUUGGUGGAAUGCUAAUAAUAUUGAUACCUUUUGGAGGACAUGGAAUAUGCCCGUACACAGAUGGUGCGUACGGCACUUAUACAUUCCUGUUGUUCAAAUGGGUUACUCAUCAAGAAAUGCAUCUGUUAUUGUUUUCUUUAUAAGUGCAUUUUUCCAUGAAUAUUUGGUAAGCGUUCCUUUAAAAACUUAUAAGAUUUGGGCAUUCAUGGGAAUGAUGGGUCAAAUUCCAUUGUCAUCCUUCUCGAAAACAAUGCAGAGAACAUUUGGUCCUCGAAUGGGUAAUAUUGUGGUGUGGGCAUCUAUAAUUCUUGGACAACCGCUUUGUAUUAUGAUGUAUUAUCAUGAUUAUGUUGUAACAAAUUACAAAGAUGCCCUUACAAGUGCAGAAUAUAAUGAUAGUUAAUAAUAAACAAAAAAGUAACUUUAGAAAAAUGCCUUUAAAAUAAAAUAUAAAUCAUGACUUAUUGCAUUAAAACUUUAAAUAAAUGUUGUUA